AUGGGGACUAACGUAAGAAAGCACUUGACAGGUAGAUGGUCUUCUGGAGACAUAUUGGAUGAUGAGAGUAAGCUGAUCAGUGUAGCUUCGGUCAAUUGUGGAAUCGACAAAAACCAAACAUUUAUUGACGGCCUGGGUUUUGCAGAGAAUGACAAACACAUCUUCUUUCCCAUGCAAGCAGACCACGUUCUGCCAAGAAGCACAACUGCAGCCACACGUUUCAAAACUUCUUUCCAAUAUCGACGCUCGGUUUCAUACUGUUGCAUCAAUUGUGAGUCAAUUGAUCCGAGCAUUCGGACUCAUACACAACAACCUAUCAAUUAUGAAGCAACACCAGAUUCGAAUUGUAGAGCAUUUUGUAACCAUAACAUUAACAACAACAUUAACAACAACAUCUACAAAAACGUCAACAACAACAUCAACAAAAACGUCAACAACAACAAUGAUAUCAACAACACCAACAUGAAUAAUAACAUCAACAACAACAUCAACAGAAGCAACAACAAAACUCACAACAACUCGUCAUCAAACAAAAACAUCACAUCGUUGACCAUUCCAAGAAGCAAAUAA